UGGGCAACUAUAGUUUCGCUGUAACUUGGUUGGUGUUUUUAUAACUUGCUCAGUUUAGACUACAUUUCCCGUGAGCCUUUGGACCCGGAAGUGACGUUUUAGUAGCCAUCAGGUCAGAUGACAGCGGAGACUACGGAAACAUGGCGAUCUUCAGUGUUUAUGUGGUGAAUAAGGCUGGCGGGCUGAUCUACCAGCUGGACUACCAGAGCCCGCGGGCCGAGACUGAGAAGACGUUCAGCUUCCCCCUGGACCUGGUCCUCAAAGUGCACGACGACCGGAUCCAGGUGUCUUUUGGGCAGCGGGACGGCAUUCGAGUGGGACAUGCUGUACUCUCCAUUAAUGGAAUAGAUGUGAAUGGCAGAUAUACAGCGGAAGGGAAGGAAGUUCUGGAAUAUCUGGGAAACCCCUCUAAUUAUCCUCUCUCCAUCCGCUUUGGACGUCCCCGACUUUCAUCCAAUGAGAAGCUUAUGUUGGCCUCCAUGUUCCACUCGUUAUUCGCAAUUGGAUCCCAACUCUCUCCAGAGCCUGGAAGUUCUGGUAUUGAAAUGCUAGAAACGGACACCUUCAAGCUGCAUUGCUUCCAGACACUGACUGGUAUAAAGUUUAUGGUGUUGUCUGACCCACGACAAGCUGGCAUAGACUCAUUGCUCCGCAAGAUAUAUGAACUGUAUUCUGACUACGCUCUCAAAAACCCAUUUUACUCCUUAGAGAUGCCAAUCAGGUGUGAACUCUUUGACCAGAAUUUGAAGUCUGCUUUGGAAGUAGCAGAAAAAGCCGGAACAUUUGGACCUAGUUCUUAGCUCUCAGCACCAAUGCAUCCUUACAAAAAGCAGAUGCAAAGAUCAUUCUUUGUGGGACCCUUUUUUACAGCACAUAUGUGGUCCCUCCUUCAAGAAUAAUUUCUUGCACUGCUAUUACUUGUAUAUAGUGUAAAAAUGGUAACUUAAAACUGUUUCAUAUUAAGCAAAUGUGAGGGGGGGAACUCUACUGUGUUAAAAGGGGUACUCCGCCCCUAGACAUCUUAUCCAAAGGAUAGGUAAGAUGUCUGAUUGCAGGGGUCCCGCCACUGGGGGCCCCCGGGAUCUCGGCUGCAGCACAGAGCAAACUCGCUCUGUGCGUAAUGACAGGCGAUACAGGGGUCGGAGCAUCGUGACGUCACGGCCCACCCAUUAAAUACAAGUCUAUGGGAGGGGGCCUGGUAGCCGUCACGCCCCCUCCCAUAGACUUGCAUUAAGGAGGCGGGCUGUGAUGUCAUGUGGGGGCGGAGCCGUGAUGUCACACGAUGCUCUGGCCCCUGUAUUGUCCGUCAUUACGCACAGAGCGAGUUUGCUCUGUGCAGUCAUGACAGCCAGGUGCUGCAGUCUAGAUCCCGGGGGUCCAACUGCGGGAGCCCCGUGAUCAGACAUCUUCUCCCCUAUCCUUUGGAUAAGAUGUCUAGGGGUGGAGUACCCCUUUAAAGGAAAUCUGAACUAUUAGCAAUUUAAGAUGUCUAAGUAGUGCACAAUCUGUAGGUGAAAUUGCACUAUUCUGAUCCCUGUAAGUGUCUCUCGAGGUUCCUUUUGCCACUUAGAAAAACCUCAGACUUUGGUUUUCUUGACCAUGUAAACAAUCUGGCCACCUAAGCUGCCAUUUUAUUUGCUGUGAUAUGGGUGCAGUUUGCUGCUGCAACAUGUAGCCUUUCCUGCUGUCUAAAAGAUACUUAAAAUUCCUUACAAACUGUAUUGUGUACACUUGAUUUCAAUUAUUGGCUGUACUUAAAGGGGUACUCCAGCCCUAAGACAUCUUAUCCCCUAUCCAAAGGAUAGUGGAUAAGAUGUCUGAUCGCAGGGGUCCCGCACAAUCUCUCAUGCAGCACCCACCUGUCUCAGCUGCACGCAGCGCUGGAGGCUCCGUGUCCGAAACCUUACGAACAAGGGGCCGGAGUAUCCUGAUGUCACGACUCCGCCCCCUUGUCACGCCCCGCCCCCUAAAUGCAAGUCUAUGGGAGGGGGCGUGACGGCCAUAGACUUGCAUUGAGGGGGCAGGGUGUGACAUCACAAGGGGGUGGAGUCGUGACUUCUUUAUACUCCGGCCACGUGGUCGUAAGGCUUCAGACAUGGAGCGAUCAUCGCUUUGUGCAGCUGAGACAGGUGGGUGCUGCAUGAGAUUGUGGGGAUCAGACAUCGAUGAGAUGUCUUAGGGCCAGAGUACCCCUUUAAAAUACUAAUAAUAAUAAUAAUAAUGUCAUUAUGCCAUAAAACAAACAAACAAUAAAAUGCUAAUGUUGAUUAGU